AUGGGCACCAAGCAGACCAAGGGCUGCCAGCCGGGCAGCGCUGGGGAAAGCCCCCCGGCCCACCACCGCAAGAAAGUACCCCCCAAGGAAAGGGGGGAUUUCCUCACUUCCCUCGUGGUGAAGUCCGGCGAGAAGUUUGGGAAGGGCGGUGGCAGCAGCUUACCCCCUUACCACCGGCGGAUCUGCAUGAUCCAGGACAUGCUGGUGCUGGUGAAGCAGGGGAAGCAGGAGGAGGCCACCGAGCUGCUGAGGCACCUGCGGCAGGAUUUAGGAAUGGAGUCGACCUCUCUGGAUGAUGUCCUCUAUCGAUAUGCCAGCUUUCGAAACCUAGUGGAUCCAAUCACUCAUGACUUGAUCAUCAGCCUUGCUAGAUACAUCCACUGCCCCAAGCCGGAGGGGGACUCCCUUGGGGCCAUGGAGAAGCUCUGCCGGCAGCUCACCUACCACCUCAGCCCCCACUCGCAGUGGAGACGCCAGGGCAUCAUGAAGAGGAAGCCACAGUCCUGCUUGAAAGCUGUCCUGAUGGGGAAGCCUCAGGACAACACAGUGGACUUGUCGGGCAUCCCGCUGACACUGAAGGACUUGGACCGCGUCACAUCCUACCUCCAGCACAGCUCGGAGCACAUCGACACGGUGGAGCUGUGCUUCACGGAGCUGACGGACGACAUGCUGCUGCAGCUGCUGCCGGCGCUCUGCGUGCUGCCCCACCUCACCACCCUCUCCCUCAACGGCAACCGGCUCACCAAAGCCAUCCUACGGGACCUCACCGAAACCCUGAAGGACCCCAAGAAGUUCCCCAGCGUCACCUGGAUUGACCUUGGCAACAACGUGGACAUCUUCUCCUUGCCACAACCCUUCUUGGUCAGCCUAAAGAGACGGUGCCCAAAACAAGGCAACUUGCCAACCAUUCUGGAGUUCGGCGAGGGUCAGGUAAGCGAUUUGGAGAGCCAAGACGGCCUGGCCGAGAGCCAGGAGGACCUGCGAGCUGCACCAGGCAAGACUGACAACAUAGGCUUCCAGCAGACGGACAGAACAGUUGAGGCUGGGGAACUCCCCAACUCGGAGCAAGGUGCUGAUACCCCACAGACAUGA